AUGGAAUCGAAAGCUUCGCUUCACCAGCAAUAAUUUUUGCAAUCUUUUCGUUGGCGUAACUUGGCUCUCCUUCCUCUCUUUCCCCUCUCUCGCUCUGUAACUACAUUGUUUGCGAUCAAUACCAUGGAUGAGACCAUAAAUGUCGAUAACAAAAAUAAACCGACAGACAUAUUCAUUGUAGAGAGCAUAAAUGAAACCGGUUCAGAACAAAAAGAAUCCAUCUCAGCGAAUAGUUUAUACUAUGAUCAGAAAGAGGUCCAGAGCGGGUCCCUCGAUCAAAGCUCCAAUGACGAAUAUACUAUUUCCAAAGUACCAUCUAUAUUCAUUUUCCAAUGUCUUUAUGCAUUACGCGUUGUUCAUCAAACAUUUGAUUUUCAGUUUCGAAAAUGGUUCUAUCUAUCUAUUGUUGCCAUGCAAGGAUUCCUGGGACCACUAUCUAGCUCGAUAUAUGUACCAGCAGUUCUGGAGGUUCGAAGUGAUUUCAAAACCACUACUACUUUAGUCAAUACCACUAUCUCACUGUACAUACUGGCGUUAGGAAUUGCCCCACUUGUGUGGGCACCGCUUUCAGAAAGACACGGAAGACGUAUAAUAUACAUUGCAGCAACAGUCAUUUAUGUCGCGUCGACUAUAGGUUGUGCUUUAUCUCCGAACAUCUCUGUGUUCAUCGCACUGCGAAUUACUCAAUCUGCAGGAGCAAGUGCUGCUCAAGCUGUCGGUGCAGGGACAAUCACUGACAUCUUUUCUGCAAAUGAACGAGGAAAUGCCAUGGGCCUUUUCUUCCUUGGUCCAUUGAUUGGACCUGUCCUUGGGCCACUCGUAGGCGGUUACAUAAACCAGUAUUUUGGAUGGAGAAUGAUAUUUUGGGUCCUGACGGGUAUGGGUGGACUUGUGCUCAUACUCAUCAUUCUGUUUCUGCCAGAAACCUCUCUAAAGCAUAUCAAAGCACGUCAGAAAGAUCAAGCCAAUCCAACAGAAGAUACCGUUGGCGCAUUGACCUCCGAAACCACCCUAGCAACCCCAGAAAAGUCUAGCUCAGAGACACUGGAUCCCUCAUAUGAAAAGUUCAGUGUCGGCUUGGUUCGACCUUUGAAGUUCCUAACGAAAACUGUCGUGAUCCUAUCUUCGUUGCCGUAUGCCCUGGCUUUCGGCUUUAUGUACUUCAUUAUAUCCACCUUACCGCAUCAACUGGAGUACAAGUACAAUUUCAACACCGGCCAAAUCGGCCUAGCUUACCUUGCUAACGGUAUCGGAAACGCGAUGGGAGCGGUCUUUGGAGGCCAGUACUCGGAUUGGUUUGUUGCCCGACAGAUACGAAAAUCGUCUGACGGAAGGAAAAUUCCAGAAAUGCGUAUUGGUGCUAUGUGGAUCGGCAUUGUAAUGAUUCCAAUUGGUGAUCUGAUCUAUGGUUGGUGCCUUCAAAGCCGUACAUCCGUUUGGCUGGUACUGUUCGGAUUUUUCAUAACUGGUUUGGGAGUUGGAAUGGUGCAGACACCUAGUAACACAUAUCUUGUUGAUGCGUAUCAGAAUUACUCGGCAUCGGUUGUUAGUGCUUCAAAUUUAAUGAGAUGCACUUGGGCUGCCUGCACCCCUCUUUUUGCACCCAUGUUCAUAGCUGCAGUGGGAAAUGGUAUCGCUCUGACUGUUGUAGCUAUAGUAAGUGCACUUAGUGGAAUCUGCGUAUACGUUGUACAAGUACAUGGAGAAGCUAUGAGAGCAAAGGAUCGCCGUCUGUAAUACCAC